AUGACAAGUCCAGACUGCGAUCUCGAUGUGCCUGUGAAUCACGACGUUGAUGCCGUCCAUCAAGGCGACUCUGAUAUCCUCCUGAUCCCACGCCCAACAGAAAGCGGCUCUGAUCCUCUCACAUGGUCUAGAUGGAGGAAGUGGUAUCAGCUCUUCUUGCUUGCGCUGUACGCAUGCGCAUUCUCGUUUGGAGAGAACACCCUCGGUGCCGCGUGGACAACCGUGUCCGAGGAUACUGGCGUUUCAUUGGUCAACAUGAAUGGCGGCAGUGCACUCAACUAUCUGCUUCUCGGCCUCUGCAACAUCUGGUGGAUCAGCACAGCCAACAAAGUGGGACGGAGACCCGUCUUCCUGUUUACUACGCUUAUCUGUUGUUUGGCUGGCGUAUGGCAGGGCCGUGUUCAUGGUACCGCACAAUGGUUUCUGUCCAACGUCUUGAACGGUGUCGGUACAAGUGCCUAUCAAGCGGUGAUUCAGCUGUCAGUCUUCGACAUGUUCUUCGCUCAUGAGCGUGGUAUGAUGCUGUCCUUCUACCUGUUCGGCCAGCAACUUGGUAGCAUUCUUGGCCUCAUUACUGGAGGAAUCAUCUCGGAUCAUCUCGGCUGGAGGUGGACCCAGUAUUGCGUUGCGAUGAUAGAUGCGGGUGUCUUAGUCCUUCUGACUUUCACCUUUGAGGAAACGCUAUUCCCAAGGUUCAUCUUCGAGAGUAUCCAAGGAGUCCUUCCAGUCACUGGAGGUCGAUCCAGCCCUGUGAUUUCUAGCACUGACAAUAAGGACUGUGCGAAGAAGGAUCUCAAUCGCGUCACUACCGUACAGUCCGAGGGUCAUAACAUACAUCAGCGCGACUUCCCUCGCCGUACCUAUGCUCAGAAGUUGAAGCUCUGGGUGUACUUUCCAGAAGAUAAAACGACGUACUUUCAGUACUUCCGUCGACCGUUCUCUCUCUUCUUAUUCCCAAAUGUUGUCAUCUCCGGUUGCAUAUUUGCAUUCGGCUGUACAGCCGGCAUCGUCUCUUUCAAUACAAUUUCGGAGAUCCUGACCGAACCGCCUUACAAUUGGAGCACUUCAUCUACUGGUCUCGUUUUUCUUGCUGCUCUUGUCGGCAACUUUGUAGGAUGGCUGACUGGCGUCCUGUCUGAUCGGAUAGUGCUCUACCUCUCACGCAAGAACCGCGGCGUGAAAGAGCCUGAGAUGCGUCUAUGGACCUUGUGCUUCUCCUUCGUCUACGCGGCGAUCGGGUACUUCAUGUACGGAUUUGGGGCUCAAGCAGGGGCACACUGGAUGACAAUUGCCUUCGGAAUAGGCUGUAUGAUUGCUCACCAGGUCUCAGCUUGUUCCAUCGCCACGACAUACGCCAUGGAGUGCUUCCCAGGGAUUGGUGGAGAGUUGGUCGUGGUCCUUGCUAUAUGCUCGUCCUGCAUCAAUUUCGCCAUCAGUUAUAGCGUGCAGCCGUUCAUUGAGGCAGCUGGUUACGGAUACGCCUUUCUCUUCUUUGGUCUGUGCGUGCUCUGCUCUAUGCUCGCCGCAGUUCCCAUGAGCAUAUACGGAAAGUCUUGGAGACGUAGAUAUGCCCCUAAGUGGAGAGAGUGGCUGUCGGAGAGAGAAAACUGA